CGACGAGCUCGUGCAGCCCAAUCACAGGCCGGAAGGGGCGGGACCUCCCGCGCAGAGGCUAGAUUGAGCGCAGAAACUAAUAGCAUUCUAAGUUGUCCCAAGACCCCAGGGGACUCAGAGCCUUACCUGGCGCCCUGGUAGCCACGUGGUCCUCUUCUUCGGGGCCACUUCUGCGCCCUCCCAGAGACACGGGCUCUGGCCGUGCGUGUCUGGCCGCCAGGCGUGCGCGGAGGACAGGCUGAGGGACCGGGAAGAAAGCACGUGCUUGAGCAGCUGUAGCGGCCACGGAUCCGCUGUCAUCGCGGGGCCGCGCCCUGUUCCCGAGCGAGGCCCCAGCGACCUGGGCCUCCGGGAGGGGCAAGUGGCCCUCGGCCUGUGUGGCAGGCUCGCCCGGCGCUGGCUGGCUUCGCUCUUGGCCGUGAGCUGUGGAGAGCGUGUCUUCCCCGCCGCGUUCCCGACCCGAGGAGGAGGAGACUCCGCAGCAUGUCACCCGCGCUCCAAGAGCAGACGCCAUCCGCAGGUAUGAAGAAAACCCUGCAGGAUGAGAUUGAAGCCAUUCUGCGGGAGAGGAUUAUGGUGCUAGAUGGAGGGAUGGGGACGAUGAUCCAGCGGCAUAAGCUAAGUGAAGAAGACUUUCGAGGUCAAGAAUUUAAAGAUCAUGCCAGGCCACUGAAAGGCAACAAUGACAUUUUAAGUAUAACUAAACCCAAUGUCAUUUACCAAAUCCAUAAGGAUUAUUUGCUGGCUGGGGCAGAUAUCAUUGAAACAAAUACUUUUAGCAGCACUAGUAUUGCCCAAGCUGACUAUGGUCUUGAACAUUUGGCCUACCAGAUGAACAAGUGCUCUGCAGGAGUGGCCAGAAAAGCAGCUGAGGAGAUCACUGUCCAGACAGGAAUUAAGAGGUUUGUGGCGGGAGCUCUGGGUCCAACUAAUAAGACACUCUCUGUGUCCCCGUCUGUGGAAAAACCAGAUUAUAGGAACAUCACGUUUGAUGAGCUUGUUGAAGCGUACAAAGAGCAGGCCGAAGGGCUUCUCGAUGGUGGGGUUGAUAUCUUACUCGUUGAAACUAUUUUUGAUACUGCCAAUGCCAAGGCAGCCUUGUUUGCACUUCAAAAACUUUUUGAAGAGAGGUAUGCUCCUCGGCCUAUCUUUAUUUCAGGGACUAUUGUUGAUAAAAGUGGGCGGACUCUUUCUGGACAAACAGGAGAGGCAUUUGUCAUCAGCGUGUCUCAUGCAGACCCACUCUGCAUUGGCUUAAAUUGUGCUCUGGGUGCAGCUGAAAUGAGACCUUUUAUUGAAACAAUUGGAAAAUGUACAACAGCUUAUGUCCUAUGUUAUCCCAAUGCAGGUCUUCCCAAUACCUUUGGUGACUAUGAUGAAACUCCGCACAUGAUGGCCAUGCAUCUAAAGGACUUUGCUAUGGAUGGCUUGGUCAAUAUAGUUGGUGGAUGCUGUGGUACAACACCAGAUCAUAUCAGGGAAAUUGCUGAAGCUGUGAAAAACUAUAAGCCUAGAGUUCCACCUGCCACUGUGUUUGAAGGGCAUAUGUUACUGUCUGGUCUAGAACCCUUCAGGAUUGGACCGUACACCAACUUUGUUAACAUUGGAGAACGCUGUAACGUUGCAGGAUCCAGGAAGUUUGCUAAACUCAUCAUGUCAGGAAACUAUGAAGAAGCACUGAGUGUUGCCAAAGUGCAGGUGGAAAUGGGAGCCCAGGUGUUGGAUAUCAACAUGGAUGAUGGCAUGCUAGACGGUCCAAGUGCUAUGACCAGAUUUUGCAACUUUAUUGCUUCUGAGCCUGACAUUGCCAAGGUGCCCUUAUGCAUCGACUCUUCCAAUUUUGCUGUGAUUGAAGCUGGGUUAAAGUGCUGCCAAGGGAAGUGCAUUGUCAAUAGCAUUAGUCUGAAGGAGGGAGAGGAUGACUUCUUGGAGAAGGCCAGAAAGAUUAAGAAGUUUGGAGCUGCUGUCGUGGUCAUGGCUUUUGAUGAAGAGGGACAGGCAACAGAAACAGACACCAAAACCAGAGUGUGCACCCGGGCGUACCAUCUACUUGUGAAAAAACUGGGCUUUAAUCCAAAUGACAUCAUCUUUGACCCUAAUAUCCUCACCAUUGGCACUGGGAUGGAAGAACACAAUUUGUAUGCUGUUAAUUUUAUCCGUGCAGCAAAAGUCAUUAAAGAAACAUUACCUGGAGCCAGAAUAAGUGGAGGUCUUUCCAACUUGUCCUUCUCCUUCCGAGGAAUGGAAGCCAUUCGAGAAGCAAUGCAUGGGGUUUUCCUUUACCAUGCAAUCAAGUUUGGUAUGGACAUGGGGAUAGUGAAUGCUGGAAACCUCCCUGUAUAUGACGAUAUACAUAAGGAACUUCUUCAGCUCUGUGAAGAUCUCAUCUGGAAUAAAGACCCUGAAGCCACUGAGAAGCUCUUACGUUAUGCCCAGACUCACGGCAAAGGAGGGAAGAAAGUCAUCCAGACCGACGAGUGGAGGAAUGGCCCCAUUGAACAACGCCUUGAGUAUGCCCUUGUGAAGGGCAUUGAAAAAUAUAUUGUGGAGGAUACUGAGGAAGCCAGGUUAAACCAGGAAAAAUAUCCCCGACCCCUGAAUAUAAUUGAAGGGCCCCUGAUGAAUGGCAUGAAAGUUGUUGGUGAUCUUUUUGGAGCUGGAAAAAUGUUUCUACCUCAGGUUAUAAAGUCAGCUCGGGUUAUGAAGAAGGCCGUUGGGCACCUUAUUCCCUUCAUGGAAAAAGAAAGAGAAGAAGCUAAAGUGCUUACUGGUGCAGUAGAAGAAGAGGACCCUUACCAAGGCACCAUUGUGUUGGCCACAGUUAAAGGCGACGUGCAUGACAUAGGCAAGAACAUAGUUGGAGUCGUCCUGGGCUGCAAUAAUUUUAGAGUUAUUGAUUUAGGAGUCAUGACUCCCUGUGAUAAGAUACUGAAAGCUGCUCUUGACCACAAAGCAGAUAUAAUUGGCCUGUCAGGACUCAUCACUCCUUCCCUGGAUGAAAUGAUUUUCGUUGCCAAGGAAAUGGAGAGAUUAGCGAUAAAGAUUCCAUUGUUGAUCGGAGGAGCAACCACUUCGAGAACCCACACAGCAGUUAAAAUAGCUCCAAGAUACAGUGCGCCUGUAAUCCAUGUCCUGGACGCAUCCAAGAGUGUGGUGGUGUGUUCUCAGCUAUUAGAUGAGAAUCUAAAGGAUGAAUACUUUGAGGAGAUCAUGGAAGAAUAUGAAGAUAUAAGACAGGACCAUUAUGAGUCUCUCAAGGAGAGAAGAUACUUAACCUUAAGUCAAGCUAGAAAAAACGGUUUCCAUAUUGACUGGCUGUCAGAGCCUCACCCAGUGAAGCCCACAUUUCUUGGGACCCGGGUCUUUGAAGACUAUGACCUGCAGAAGCUGGUGGACUACAUUGACUGGAAGCCUUUCUUUGAUGUCUGGCAGCUCCGGGGCAAGUACCCGAACCGAGGCUUUCCCAAGAUAUUUAACGACAAAACUGUAGGUGAAGAGGCCAGAAAAGUCUAUGGUGAUGCCCAAAAUAUGCUGAAAGCACUGAUUAGUCAAAAGAAACUCCAAGCCAGGGGCGUGAUUGGGUUCUGGCCGGCGCAGAGUGUCCAAGACGACAUUCACCUGUAUGCAGAGGACGCAGUACCCCAGGCUGCAGAGCCCAUAGCCACCUUUUACGGGCUGAGGCAACAGGCUGAGAAAGACUCCGCCAGCACAGAUCCAUACCACUGCCUGUCGGACUUCAUCGCCCCUCUGCAUUCGGGCAUCCGUGACUACCUGGGUCUGUUCGCCGUUGCCUGCUUUGGGGUGGAGGAGCUGAGCAAGGCCUAUGAGGAGGAGUGUGACGACUACAGCAGCAUCAUGGUCAAGGCGCUGGGGGACCGGCUGGCCGAGGCCUUUGCGGAGGAGCUCCAUGAAAGGGUCCGCAGAGAACUGUGGGCUUACUGUGGCAGCGAGCAGCUGGACAUCACAGACCUGCGAAGGCUGCGCUAUGAGGGCAUCCGUCCAGCUCCCGGCUACCCCAGCCAGCCUGACCACACCGAGAAGCUCACCAUGUGGAGGCUCGCGAACAUUGAGCAGUGCACAGGCAUCAGGUUAACAGAAUCCUUAGCAAUGGCACCUGCUUCAGCAGUAUCCGGCCUUUACUUCUCCAAUUUGAAGUCCAGAUAUUUUGCUGUGGGGAAAAUUUCCAAGGAUCAGAUUGAGGAUUAUGCUUCGAGGAAGAACAUGUCCGUGGCUGAGGUUGAGAAAUGGCUUGGACCCAUUUUGGGAUAUGAUACAGACUAACUUCUUUUUUUCACCUUGGCUGUACUUGGAGAUCUUCAAGGAAGUACAGUCCAGAGUGCCUUAAACGACAACUGCAGCAGCAGCAUGCCCAUCGGCAUCUGGCUGACAUUUGCCUGCUCCAGGUGUGGGAGGUUUGGUGGAACCUUAUAAAGGAGCAGGGUCUUCCUAUGGCCCUUGGAAAACAAGUGACAGUUUUCAGGGAACCUUGAAUGAAGAGCAGUGAGCAGGAUGCUGGUGGUGUCCCUGGUCCCUUUGGGACUGGGACAAGCUGGAGAUAGAGGUCUUUUGCAUUUCAAAGCAAGUCAACUUGCUUUUUUCACUUUUACCUUGGAUCUAGGCCACUUAUUCUUUUUUUUUUUUUUCCUCUCUCUUAGAAAAAAGUCUGAAACUCAGUUGAAUAGAGAAAUGUAUAGAGAAAUGUGACCCUGUGGCAAAAUGAUGCUGUGAGAAAUGGGGCAUUUUAGUCUUAAUGGUUACAACAGUAGACUCUGACAGGGCAGAAAGGAUAACUCUGCUCUCUUUCCGGAAGACCUCAUUUUCUAAAGGCACGAGUAAAGGGGUGCAGAAGUCCCUUUGGCAGAAGGCACACUCUCAGUGCUGGCUUGUCAGGAAUACUCAGGCUGUCGGCUCUGUGUGGUCGCAUACAGUAAUGUUCUCCAAGCAUUUUUGUCCUCUCAUAAUUUCAUAGCCCCUAGCCCUAAGGAAAACAAGGAGAUGGGGAGAGAGUGUGACUGUUCAGGGUCAUUAACAUCUUAUAGUUGUUUUCCAGAAUUGAGCAGGUUCUCGGCUGAGCCGUGGUGUCCUGUGCAGAUUUGGACAGGUGGACAGCAUAAUUCCACUCAGUUCUUUCUUUUCUG